AUACCACACUGUCUAUAUAAUUCGAUCAUUUGCAGUACGUUCUGGUUUUACUGGUUCUUCUAGUAGUGCGACAUUAACACAGGUGACAAUAUGAUCUCGCCAAAGAUUUUUGCCCUAGUCGGCAUCGCUGCUGUAGUAAAGUUUACAUCAGCCACCCCAGACAGUGCUGGCAUAGUAGAGAUGACCAACGGUCUGGCAUACGGUGGAAUCCCCUAUGGUAGCGUAACCGGCAUGGUCGCUAAAUUUGUAAGGAACGCAAGGGGUCAACCAGUUACUUAUCAGUCUAAAGUAAUCGUACCAAAUGCACAGAAAAUAGUAAUUACUCCCAACGUCAGGGCAGCUGGAUUGGUCGCCAGAGAACGUGGUCCCGUGCAGAUUUACAAUCAUGCAAGUGUAAUAGCGCCAGGAGUAAUCGGUACCAUCAGUGAGAUUGGAUAUUAGAAAUUUAAAGGUUACGUGAUAAAAAUACUUAUUUAUAUAACAAAAAUAUCGUAGUACGUAAAGUAUAUAAAAAAAAUGUAUAUACACAAGAACAAUAUAUAUUAUAAUACACUUC